CCGCUCCGGUGCGGGGCUGCGGGAGCCGCCGGUGGCGGAGCCGCCCCUCGGGAGAGGCGGGCGGAGCUGGCCGCUGUGGUUCCGGGUCGGGCGGGAAGAUGGCGGCGCCCAUGGAGCUGUUCUGCUGGGCAGGGGGCUGGGGGCUGCCCUCGGUAGACCCCGACUGCUUGGCGGUGCUGACCUACGCGCGGUUCACUGGGGCGCCGCUGAAGCUGCACCGGGUCACCAACCCCUGGAGGAGCCCCUCCGGGCACCUGCCUGCACUGAAGACUCGGGACGAGGGCACCAUCUCCAAAACGCAGCAGAUCAUCACCCACCUCAGGAAACAGAAGUACAAUGCCGACUACGACCUCUCGGCCACGCAGGAGGCAGACACGCUGGCCUUCGUGUCCCUGCUGGAGGAGAAGCUGCUGCCUGUGCUGAUCCAUACUUUCUGGGUGGACGCAAAGAACUACGUGGAGCACACACGGAAGUGGUACGCAGAAACCAUUCCCUUCCCCCUCAACUUCUUCCUGCCCAACUGCAUGCACAAGCGGCACCUGGAGCGGCUGCAGCUCCUCUGGGGAGAUGGCUACAUGGAGGAUGAAGAGAAGCUGGAGAAGGAGCUCUACAGGGAUGCUCGGGAAUGCCUCACGCUCCUGUCCCAGCGCCUCGGGGCACAGAAGUUUUUCUUCGGAGACUCGCCAGCCUCCCUCGACGCCUUCGUCUUCAGCCGCCUGGCGCCGCUCCUGAAGGCAAAGCUGCCCAACGGGAAACUGCAGCAGCACCUGAAGUCCCUGCAGAACCUGUGCAACUACUGCACCUCCAUCCUCAGCCUCUACUUCCCUUGGGAUGGAGGUGAGCCCCCAGCCAGUGCCCCACGGGCUGCAGGUAGCGAUGGCGGCGAGGCAGAGGAGGACCCCCACAAACGGCGCAACCAGCUGCUGUCGGUGCUGGUGGGGCUGGUGGCCAUGCUGGGCUAUGCCUUCCUGAGUGGCAUCGUUUCCAUCCAGCGGGGCAGUGUGGGGCCGGCUGGCCGCCAGCCCAUCGCCCUGGAGGAGGAGGAAGAGGAGGAGGAGGAGUGAGGAAGAGCUGCCUGAUUGUUCCUUCUGUGGUCGCUGGAAAUGACUGAUUCUGUGCCGGGAGCCUGGCAGCAUCGUUCCCUGCAGGUGCUUUGCCCUGUGUCCCACCAGGACUUGCAGCCCUCUCUGUGGGGAGUGUGCCUGCCAUGCCAAUAAACCUCCCUUUCUCUGCC